AUGCUCAAUGGCCACGUGUGGCUAGUGGCUACCCUACUUAACAGCAAAGCACAGCAGCGUCCGGUGAGGCGCCGGGAUAGCCGCGAGGACACGGAGUCCACGCGCUGGGGGACCCUUCACAGGCGGGCGUUAACUAACCGCGCGGGCGGCACUGCGAGAGCUCCCAAUGAAGACUCGAGUGGGGAGCCCCGGAGGCGGCGCGUUUCCCCGGCGCGCCCGGCGGGGAGGGCCCAGAUGCGCCGGCGCCACUCGGUCAGAGGCGCUGGCCUCCGACCUCUCCGCGAGCUGAGAAGGCAGCGGGAGAAAGAAAAACGGGAGGACGCCGGCCGCCCGGCCGCAGCCUUCAGCCGCCCCUCAGCGGGCGGCGGAGGAGUAAACAAGGCCGCGACUCGCGCCGCGCACUUACUGGGAGCCGCGGCCCCGCGGCCGCUGAGCCCGGGCGGGCCAGACCGGGUCGGACCGGCCCAGACGGACGGGACCCAGGCGCGGCAGCGGCUGAAGCAGCUGGCCGACGCCGGUCAAGCCCGCGCUGCUACCUCCGGCGAAGCCGUCUCCGCAGCUCCGGAAGUGCUCGGCGCGGCUGCGUCACUUCCGGCCCCGGGUUGACCGGCGGUCGCCCGGGUGGGCCAGCGCUCCGGCCCAGAGUCCUACCCCGGCACAACCGGCGCCGACUGCUGCGGGAGGCAGCAGAAGAGCGAGUUCGGCUUAUUGGAGGGUGAUCAAGGCAUCUCUUCCGGCUGUCGCCUACCAGCGCCGCCCGCCGGAAUAUUUUUAACCAGCGUUUUUGUAAUGGACUCCUCACUUCACUACUCGGGUGUCGGGCACGGAGAAAACAUCCUGACGUCCUUGGAGUGGAAGAAAGACUGUUUCGUGGUUGCUACCUGGUCGAAGGAGAGUUGGGCCUUAGGGGUCAGCGCGUCGGGCCGAGAAUUUCUGCCUACUCUCUGAGGCCCUCCAGGCAGGGCCACGCCGGGCUUUCGCUUCCCUCAGUGCCUGGUUCGCUGCCCAGUUCUCCGGCUUCCCAUUCUUCCCAUUACCGUGCAAGAUUGAAUCUUAACUGCCUUGCUGCACACUUUCUUCCGACAGUACAGCAAGUGCCGUUAUGACUUCCAGUACCUUCUAGGACCUGUUGUCAAGUAUAUGGAUAGGUAGAGCACGCUCACUCAAGUUGCUUCUACACUACAGUGGAAACGCCAGUGUGAAGCCCGUCAUGUUAGGGAGCCUCCUGGCUGUGCAAGUCCGUACAAAACCCACACUAUUUCCACACAUACACGAGUUGUGUAUGUACUGAUAUUCAAGUUAUCUCUGUGUAACAGGCUUUCUUAUUUAAUUCUUGCUUCUUGCAUGUAUUCGUGUA